AUGGGAAAUAAACAGGACAGUUGUAAAACUUCAGAAAAAGGGAACUUGCAUCGAGCUGAAUUGGAUGUCUUUUUUCACCAGCUUCACUCUGAUGUUGAUAAAGGAGAUGGUUCCAUCAAAUACAUCUUGUCAGGCGAAGGGGCAAGUUCCAUUUUCAUUAUUGAUGAGAACACUGGGGAUAUUCAUGCCACCAAGAGACUGGAUCGUGAGGAGCAGGCCUACUACACGCUCCGAGCCCAAGCUCUGGACAGGCUCACCAACAAACCCGUGGAGCCCGAGUCGGAGUUUGUCAUCAAAAUUCAGGAUAUCAACGACAAUGAACCCAAAUUCUUGGAUGGCCCAUACACGGCAGGAGUUCCAGAAAUGUCUCCUGUGGGGACCUCAGUGGUACAAGUGACAGCGACGGAUGCUGAUGAUCCUACAUAUGGCAACAGUGCCAGAGUGGUCUACAGUAUUCUGCAAGGACAGCCAUACUUCUCAGUGGAGCCAAAGACAGGAGUCAUCAAGACUGCCCUUCCAAACAUGGAUAGAGAGGCUAAAGACCAGUAUUUGCUUGUUAUUCAGGCAAAGGAUAUGGUUGGUCAAAAUGGAGGACUGUCAGGAACUACAUCAGUCACUGUGACGCUAACGGACGUCAACGAUAACCCACCUCGCUUUCCUCGAAGGUCUUAUCAAUAUAACGUCCCAGAGUCAUUACCUGUAGCCUCAGUUGUGGCCAGAAUUAAAGCUGCCGAUGCAGAUAUUGGAGCUAAUGCUGAAAUGGAGUACAGAAUUGUGGAUGGUGAUGGAUUGGGCAUUUUUAAGAUUUCUGUUGACAAAGAAACACAGGAAGGAAUCAUUACUAUACAGAAGGUAAUGUUUUCUUUAUUUAUCUCUUACCACAGAUUACUGAGAAGUCCUAUCUGUUUGAUGGGAGAAUGCAGUAGACAAAAUGAAUGGCCAUAUGGGAUCAUUACUAUUUUAAUUUUAGUAAGAUAAGCUAUGCAUUUAUUUUUAGGUGUCAGACUCUUAGGGAACCUUGAGUUACAUUUGUAAUAACACCCAUCAAUUCUAUUCUUUAAGAAACUCACAGCCGUUAUCUAUAGCACUAUAAAAAUAAAGCAGACUGCCAAUGUGCUGUUUUAAAGACCUAUUUGGAGAGAUGAGUAUGUUUCUGCCUUGACUGUUCCACUAAUGAAACCCUAAAAUCAACCAAAAGCCGUGUAUGCAAACAACAUAUGCUAUUAUUUUCUCCAUGAAUGAAAAUAAUAUAAUUUCAAGUAGAAACCAAAAUGUUGAAGACUUGCUACAUUAACAAUUAUUGCCAUUUAAAAUUUAUAGUAAUUGGGAGACUUGAAUAUUUCAUACAAGAAGAGCAUGAAAAGUUGUAAAACCUAUCGUAAUUUCUAGAGAGUGUGAAAGAGACGGAAAGUCAGUACAGCCUAAACUAAAGAUUAUUUUCCAUAAUAUAUUUAAAUUAGUUCUCAACACAGUUAUGGGAGAAAAUGGACUCUUCUCUUUUCAAUAUAGAGACAUGACUUUUUACAAGUAUUUAAUCAAAAAUAAUAACUCAAAAGCUGUUAUUUCAAAAUGUAGUCUUAGUUUCUCAACUAUUUGAAACAUUAAAAAUAUAUCAAUAUAUUGAUCCCUAAGAUAUGAAUUUUUUGUCAGUAUGAAAAUCUAGUGUAUAACUUUGUAAUUAAUGCUUUUCAAUAAUUAGCACAUAUCAAUAAAUAAAGUUAUAUUUUAGUUGUUAUAGGAAAACAUAUGUUUGAUUUCAGACCAAUGAGAAAUACAUUUCUGCAAUUAUUUCCAGUGGACAGCUGCUGUUUUAGCUAAGCUGGUUAACAAUCUGUGUAUACAAGUUUUAAUAACUAGAGUAGGCCAACUGUUGGUAAAAUGUUUUGUUUUGUUGUCUAAAAUAAAAGGAAUUCAGUAAGGUACAAUGCUGCUCAAAAAUUUCAAAGAGUCAUCUGAAAUCAAUCUGUUCACAUUCAAGAAUUUUUAAUGCAAACUGAAACUUUUUGUUGAACAACUACCUGUAUUUUAUAUAUUAUAGUGAAGGUGGCACGAAUCUUUGAAAAUUCUAAAUUCAGUAUAAAAUAUUUGAUUUAGUAAGGGAAAUAUAAAACUUAUUUUCUAAUUUUAUAUCAUUUCUGGAAAUUUUAGAAAAUUGUUAGAAAAGGAGACAUAAAAAACCUAGGUUAAAAAUUAUGUCAUCUAAAAGCAUACAACUCAUGAAAAAAUUGCAAGGAUAAAUUUGAUUAUCACUUAUAACAAUAGAAAAGCAUCACAAUCAUUAUUAUUCUUAUAGCUAGCAAUUAAUAUCUGUCAGGCUUUUCUUUUUGAGUAACUUACAGACUUUAUUUUAUUUUCUCAACCAUUUCAUGAAGCUACUAUUAGGACACUGAAAAUAUGGAAACAUUAUAAAAUAUUGAACAAUUGAAGAAAUGGUAAAUAAUUGAUAUUAUCAUAUUAAGAAAUUUGCAUCCAUCAUUGUAGUAAUGUGGUGAUGUUGUUUUUGCAAAUGAAUAUGAAAAUUUUAUUGAAAAAUUAUUAAAAAGGCAGUAUCCAAACUUUUACAGUCACAUUUUAUAAAAAGUAUAUUUAUAAAAGUAGAAUAACAGAUUACAAGAAAAAUGUUAAAAUGUUAGUAGUA